GUAUUCAUUAUGGGAGGGAAUGGCAGCACAGGGAGGAAAGUGUCAUUUGGAAUGGACGAAGAAGAGAAGGUCACGGUUAUUGAAGGAGUGAAGCUAUCAGAAGAUGUUCUCAGGCGAAUGAGAGACGCUGAGGGGUCUCUCAGCUCCAAGAAACCACCAACUCAGCAAAACAACAUAACAUCAGGUUUAAAAUCUCCUAGCCACUCUGCUACUGAACUCCAGGAGGAAAUUCGUAGAAACUUUGAGAAUCAACAAGCGCUGGUGCAGGAGCAGUUGGCCAGAAUCUCUCAGAGUGAUCAAGAGGCUGCUACCACGGUGGGAUUGGAGGAUUUAAGCCCUUCGCGCCUCAUGGAGAAAGGGAAGGCUUGGGAAGAACAUGAAAAAGCAAAGUUACUGCCUGCCGAUUUAGAUGCCUGGGCCAGAAAAUUGGAGAGAAAGGAACAAGAGUUGGCCAGCAUUUCCAGAUUCUACAAAGAACAACUUGAAAUACUGGAGAAAAAAAACCUUGACACUUACCAACAGACGGCUGAACAGUACAACCAGGCAGCCACAAAAGCAGAGACCAACAUCAGGCCCCGACCGACUGCAUCAGUUUGCACUGAGCUACAGGCCAGGGUGCUCCAGUGUUACAGAGAAAAUCCUCAGCAAACCCUGCAUUGCUCCAGUUUGGCCAAACAGUACAUGACCUGUGUCCAGCAAGCCAAGAAGGACCCCCAGAAGACAUUUGUCUUGGAGUUCGCCUUUCCAUCAAGAUGGAAGUGGGCUUCAUCUAAUGAAGUAGCCACCAAGCCCCUGCACUCUCCUAAGUGCACGGUGUGGGCUGCAAUCUUGGCCAGAGGCAUCAUUGGACCAAUCUUCAUCGAAGAAUCUGGCGCAGCAGUGACAGUCACCAAGGAGCGGUAUGUGGAGGUCCUCAAAACCUUCAAGAAUGAGCUCCAGACCAUCUACCCAUCGCUCAUGAGCAAGUUCUGGUUCCAGCAAGACGGAGCAAGUUCUCACACCUCAAACCUGUCCCGAGAUUGGCUGAAAGAGAACUUCGGAGGCCGAGUGAUCAGUCUCAAGACUGAUUUUGAGUGGGCACCCCAUAGCCCGGACCUAAGCCCCCCAGAUUUUUUUCUUUGGGGCUAUUUUAAGGACAGGGUCUACGCAGGGAAACCCAAAACCAUCACGGAACUCAAGAAAGCCAUCAGGGAGGAGAUGAGAGCCAUUACCAAUUCAGUCUGUAAGAACGUCAUGGACAACUUCGUGCUGCGCCUCAAGAAAUGCAUGGAGCUAAAUGGAGGCCAUCUAGAACAUAUCCUGUGGAACGGAGGAAAAAAGGCCAAAGACCCUAGUGUUUUGAUGUGA